AUGAAACUAAAAGGCAAUAGUAAUUUUAUCUUCUUGGAAAUUUUAGCUUCAACAAUAUCAAAUACCACUUCUCCCCACCAAGUCGCCUCUACAUGUCUUAUUCAUGAAACUAUCAGUGCGAAUUUGAAUCAAGAAUGCAAUAAAGAGGAGCAAGCCAUCCAAACACCUGGUCUUAGAGUUUGGAGGAGGUUGUCAGCUGACGGAAGGGAGCUAAAGAUGCCAAAGGUCACAUUUGCUAUUGGAAAUGAAGACAAACGGCGUUCAAACACUCUUUCUCGACUUCAUGAUGUCUCAUCUGAAAUAUCAAAGGAAAAUAAAUCUAGUGAACUAGACGAAAAUGGUAUGUCCAAAUCUAAAUCUGCCGUUGAGCCUAGAUUCAGCAAGCUUAGAGUAUCUUCCUGUGGAAGAAUUCAUCCUUAUUCACAUGAGUUCAAUCCGUCUGGAACUGUUGAUAAAAAAGUAUUACAGCCUUCAGUAGCAAGUUUACCUGCUUUACAGGUCUUAGAAAAUCCUUUGGAGCCACAAAAUGGUUCUCAUUUAGCAUCUAAACAGGAUUCAGAUUUAAAGGACUAUUCGGAGAAAUUGAAAGCAUCUACCAAUUUAUUUGAGUGUCCAGAGCCAAAUCGGGAGGAGAACGGGCUCGUAAAUGCACAAAAGAUGGAAGACAUUAAAAAGGUUAUAAUAAUUACGGUUAAUAAUUUAAUUGACUACCAAAUACACUAG